UGCAGAUUUCACCUCCCCUCACGGUGCCGGGGUGCCCGUCCUGCGCCGACACCGUCUUACUCCUCCCGAACGUAGCAAAGCUUUGGCUAAUCACAAAUACAUAAGCAUUUUUCUCCCAUCCGUUCUCAUCAGCCUGUACUCCAAGAAGAAGAGGGGGGAAAAAAAAAAGUGCGGGGCUGUACAUGAGCGUGUCUUUGUGCCACUGUUCGUUCAGCGGGCUGACAGAGGCGGCAUUGUUCGCGGGCUGUGGCCGGCUUGGCAGCCAGAGAAGGUGGGGAUCUGCGCCGCGCAUACCGAAUCGGCAAGCGGCCGAGGACAGGGGUCGAGAAACUCCUAGAGCUGUGUUAACAACAAGAGGGAGUUUCAUAGCACCUCGCUAAUAGUUUCUGCUGGUGUCUUCCGCACAAUGCAAACGGGGUCCAGCACAAGGAGUCCUUGUUAAUCGAAGCACAGAAGCUUUUGCUUCCUCACUGAGAGAGCCUGUAUGAAGACCUGCGUGGACGGUGUUGUAAGAAACAGAAGGUGCACGCAGCACAGAUGCCAGCCUUCUGCAAGGAAUAACCUCUUCAGCCCCAAGUGACGCCAGCUCCUCCUAGUACCAUGGGGCCAGAGGGUGGUUUCUUAGGCAGUGGACUCCAGGUCCAUGUCAUCCUGUGGGGAAGUUUGGCAGCCAUGACAACACUCUUGUUCCUCACCUUCCUCAUCUUCCUCUGCUCCAGCUGCAACAGGGAAAAGAAGGCCAAACAUCAGAAUGGAGAUCAUGAAAACCUGAUGAAUGUGCCUUCCGACAAGGAAGUGUUCAGCCACUCGAUCACAAGUUCGGCUACAGAGCCCCCUCCAAGCAGCGACCAGAACGGGGCACUCAGCAAUGGCGAGGUACUCUCAGAGGACAGUACAACUGCCUGUAUUCAGCCCUAUGAAGAAGUACAGACAUCUGUCUCUGAUCUGCUAGAUCAACAGGAUAGUCUUGGAAAGCCUGUAAAAUGUCACCAGAGCCGGGAACUACCCAGUAUUCCCCCUAACACCACCAUGGAAACCAUCAUCUCAGCUAGAAAUGCAGAAAAUGAUCAAGGUCUUGGAAUGGAAGGGCCUUACGAAGUCUUGAAAGACAGCUCCUCUCAGGAGAACAUAGUUGAAGACAGCUUGUAUGAAACUGUGAAGGAAAUUAAAGAUGUUGGAGCAGUAGCCAGCAUGGAAGAGAGCUGUAACAGCAAAUCAAAGGCUUCACUGACCGUUUCUGAAGGUCAGAAUCAGAUUCCUGAGUGCAGAAUUGAAUCAGCAGAAUAUGCAUCUGUUGACCGAAAUAAAAAAAGUCGCCAGAGUGCUAAUUCAGAAAGCCCUCUUGACAACACACCAGAUGUAGAGGAUGAGCUUCCCCCUCCAGUACCCAUGAAGCUUCUUGAUGAAAAUGAGAAUGUGCAAGAAAAAGAAGUGGAAGAAGUGACAGAAGGAGCAAGUAAACCAGAGAAGAGGCUUAGUUCAAUGUCUUACAAGUCUCGGGAGGAAGAUCCAUCUCUUACAGAAGAUGAGAUCUCAGCCAUGUACUCAUCGGUGAGUAAGCCGGGACAGCCCAUCAAGGCACUGGAUUCUCCUUACACCUGUAUUCAAGAAAUUGCAUCUCAGAGGUCCCCAUCUAUUUGCAGUGGCCUCUAUGCAAGUGUGAAGGACUUUGAAAACACCCUAAAUACUACCACUGUGCCUCAGUCAGCGGACAGACCAAACGGGGAGCUGGAGCCUGACUAUGAAGCUAUCCAGUCAGUGAGCCAAGAAGAAGACAGGACCUUGUCUGUGCCUAACACAAACCACACUGCUCUUUCAGGAGAGAAUGACUAUGAGAGCAUAGGGGACUUGCAGCACCACAGAGAUCUCACCAGACUUUAACUACUCCGGCAGGCAGAUUUCUCUGCUGGUAUUUUCAAAGGAACAUGUGAAACACAGAGAGGGGAGUGCUUCUCCUUUUGAGGAACGAAGCUAAGUAGAGAACAAAAGUUGUGAAGAAGCGGCAUACGUUUCAGCCAGGGUGUGAUACCUGCUAGGUUAUUCUGGGUGGUGGAUGGAGGCUCAUGGGAGAGGGUAUGUCAGGUCAGAAUGAUGACCAGGACAAUGUAAAGACUUCUUUAUUGUUAGCUCCAAGACGACCAGAAUUUGGGAAGGAGUGCUAUGCUUGUUGUCCCGAUAGGAUUACAUACCAAAAAGACUGCCUUUACACAAAGCUAGCUUUUCAUUUUAAGAGAUUAUUUUAUGUCAUUUGCUUCAAAGUGUUUUUCAAGCAUCAUUUUUCAUUCAAGUUCGGGUAUCCACAACAUUGAGCAAAUCACAGAUCAUUGUACCUCAACUCAGACUUACUUUGCAGGGCUGGGGAAGGCAUGCUCACUUCUGUGUCUUUUGGGGAGUUCUGUCCACAUUCAUUGCAACUAAAGUGCAAACAACAGCACUUCACAAGGGACCUACUGAAAUGUACUUGAAUUAAUUCUGUCAGCUUUUUUCUUUAAUGUCAAGGGCUGUAGAAUGUGACUUGUAAUAUUUGAGAUGUGUACUGGUAUUUGUAGGUUUUUUGUUUGAUUAUUUGUGAAAUACGCUUUAACAUGGCAAGUGACACCCUUAGCGUUCUUGCUCUGUUCCCCUCACAUGCACACAUAUACCUACACAUACACACACCAGACAAUUGUCAUGUUGCAAAAAGUUGUGCAAAUGAAUGCAUUGGCAUAAUGUUUAGCCUAACCUUAAUAGUGUUGAGUCAUUUUUUGAAGAACUUUGCCCUUUUUUAAGACUUAAAAUAUUGUAAUAUGUUUGUCUAGUUUAUUGUAUAGGAAAAUUUAUGUACUGUGUUGAGUGGAUAAUAUUUUUUAUUUUUACAACAUAUUUUUCAUCUUCAAAGUUUUUGUAGAUUAACUUAGUGUUUUAUAUAACAGGAGGAAUCCCAUUCUUUGGGCUUUAUUUGGUUUUCUUUUACAUUUUUUUCCUAUUUCAGAAGUAUGUAAAUGAACAAUUGCUUUUUUCUUUUUUGUCUUCUUGAGCAGGGGUGUUGAACAUACCUCGCUGUUUUUAAGCUCAAAAUAAUGGAGUCUAUAUAAAAGAACACUGCCAAAGGGCAAAAAAGAGGCAGAAAAGACAGUGGCAUUUAGUCUGUGAUAGCCACUGGUCCUCCUUGUUCCUCGGCUGAAAGGAGCAGGAGGGCAACCAAGAACUUCUUGGGGCUCUGACAAGUAGUUUGAAUGCCACUGGCUUUUCAAAGAUACCAAGUUAUUCUCCUACAAUUAAAAACAAAGUACAGUGCUUGGAUGAAAUAAGUAGGUACUGGGUUGAUGCUUUUGUUUUCUACAAGAAUAGUACAAUGAAUAGUACAAUAGUGCAAGAAUAGUGCAAUAGUAGAGAACUGACAUUGUGAUACGCAUCUGUACACAGUUACGUGUAUGCAUGUGCAUACAGCCCCCUGUAUAUAAGCAUACACAUGUAAUUUGGACACAAGUAUAAAUUAUAGUCCAAGCUUGCUAACAUUCAAAUACAUUAAGAUACAAAAUAUCUAGCAUGUGCUUGAAGAAUAGUUUAUUUUUAAUUCAAAAUAAACAGCACAUAAACUGAGGUUGGCUUAUUCCAUAGUAGCCAAAACAGGUUUAGUUUCAGCUCAGUUGGAACUGGGUUUUGAUAUACCAGAUGAAGUCCUUCUCAGAUCACUGGCCAGCACUCAAUAUUACUUGGUACUAUAAAAAGCAAACACAGAUCUGGUUACACACAUUUAUUAGAAAUAACUUCAUAGGUGAAAGAAGUAUACCGAUUUUGGGGCUUUGCCUGUAAGUAGUACAGCUCUGAGGAGCAGUGCAAGUGCUCAGUCAAACUCUACCUGCAGGGUGAUUCAAAUUUCAUGGAUCCUGACCUAAUGCGACAGUGCAGCACACUUGAUCUAUGACUCUCUUCCUUUGAGGAGAAGCAGUUCAGACCAGUCUGCAUCCAUCUUGGUCUUGACCAUGCUGCCAUGCUUCCACAGCUGCACCAAACCCUUUGCUUCCACUUCAUUGCAGCGCUUUUUAAAGCUGACUUCUGUCUUCCUUUCUGGAGUUUUUCCCUCAAAAAAAGUUUCUAUUUCUGUUCCCUUGAAUGUGAAUUCAUGAAGUUCACCUUUGACUGUUCUCUCCUUCUACUUCACACUGUUUAAGGCCAAAGAUAAGAUGCACCGUGUUUCAGAAGAUCUGUUCUGCUAAGUCUGGAGAAUUUCUGAAGUCUUUAACUAUGUGUUUGCUGUCUGUUCCUUGCUCAGGGGUACAGGUUUAUAUAUGUAGUCCUCACCCUGACUCCUGCAACUUAGUGGCAGGCAUACCUCAACUCCUGAAAUUCCCAAAUACAUCUCAAGAUGUAGUUAUCCCUUAAGGAUUGUCUUACUCGUUACAUGGAUGACUGCUUGUGGAGAAACAGUAGCAACAUGAGGUUUGUCAGGUUCACCAGAUUCAAUUUCAAGACCAAUUUAAAGGUAUGAGAUAAUGCCAGUUAACAAUAGCAAAGAAUAACACUGAACUCUUGAUUGUAAAAUUUUAAGGUGCAAAAGAAGAAAUCAAACAUCACUCUGGAAGUGCCCCCAUCAAGAUCAGCAAGUCAAAGGAAGGAGGGCUUCCUGGUCACUCUUUGCAGUCUUCCAGAGCAGGAUUAAGAGUGUUGGUUUGGAGGAAGGGAUGUGUGACUUGGCUCCUUCCUUCCUUUCUUUCCCCUGUUCUGACAGCUGCUCCUUGAGACACCCAGACUUCCCUUUUCCACAGUGAAAUCCCUCCCCCUCUCUUUUUCUUUUUUUUUUACUAUUUUUAACCUGCCUCAUACAGCCUUGCACUGGGAGCUGGUACUAUGUCUGCAGUCCUGUGGUUCUGGCACAUCCCUUCCCGUUUAAAUGAUUCUCAGGGUGGUCACAACCUUUUCAUCGUCCACCAGACCCUCAGCGUGGUGGGGAAGGAGCUCAGAUUUUGGAUUGCUGCUUGCGGGAUGUGUACUUGCCCUCAGCCGUUGAGACCCCUGCACAUUGGACUCUUGAGAGCUGCAAAAACAAAUUACCUUCCUGAACAAGGACGCACAGGGGAGUCUGUAACUCCCCUACAAUUUCCAUUAUAUAGUCUAAUGCUAAGGCAAAAUAUUUUAGAAUUCAGUCCAAGGUUCUUAAGUGAAUAAUUACAUCUCUUGACGAAGAAUCAAGCUUCUGUUUUAGUUCCCUCUUCCCAGAAGUAAGAUCUGUUCUUUUACAGCUGUUGCCAAUGCUUUCUUUUCACUAAUACAUUGGAUGGAAAGAUUUUUCCAACAGUAAUCUCCAAAUAGAUUAAUCUGACUGUAAAGAAGAGGGAGUCUCUUCUGCUUGUCUCUUCAUUGCUAUUUUUUUCCCCUCUCACCAUAUCCCUAAAAAAAAAAUCAACAUCCAAAAUGAAUUAUUUGUUACCUGGCAGUCUUUUCUGGAGAAGCUUCACAGUUUAUUUCUUUGCCUCUGUUUUUUGGCAGAACUAUAUAAUAAGAUCUCACAUCACAUUGCUACAGUAAGGCCAAGACAAGCUGUAAUGUGUGUAUAACUGCACUAGUGAAAAGGUCUUUUCUGAUUUCCUUGUGGGAACUGGUAGAAAUAGGAAAUGGAGUUUGGAUGUCUCUUCCAUGAAUAUGUGUCUCCUGUGGGAGUUGUUCUCACCACAUACCUAAACCAGUUCUCACCACAUAUCUAAAUGAGUGCUAACCCCAUACAAAAACCAGUCAUCCCUUUCUACCAUGAUGAGCGCAGAAUUGCUUUCUCAGUCACAGAGAGAAAUAGAUUCUUUACAGAUAUCUGUAGCGCAGGCGUGUACCUAAUUACCAUGGUUAGAUCAGUUAUAGUGCCUUUUUUACUAAAAGUAGCUAGUACUUCCAUACUCUUUUUCAUACUGUGUUUGUUUUAUUCAAAAGUACAAAGGGACAACCCCAACAUUUACUUUUCUAAGUUGGAAACAGCUUUAUAGAGACACAUUCAAUGUAUUGGACCUUAAUUAGCCCAACAAUAGCAAUAGUCUCUCACAAACAUCUCCAAAAAGCCCAGUAAUGUAGCUACGAUGACUAAGCUUUGCAAUAAGAAUUAUCAGUCUUCUUUUGAAGAACCUAAGUUUUUUAACAGUGAGCAUUCAGGGAGGUAGGUGGUGGUCUUUGUCCACGUCAACUGUGAACAAUUUAGUUGCUUCAGUCUUUCUAUUAAUAUCAAUUGCAAGCUUGCUUACAUGUAGCAGGAUUCAUGGGGUAAGGAAUGAGUAGGUGUGGGGAUUCAUAUUCAUGAGUCACCCAGAGCUGGACCAUCCCUGCAGUAGCAACUGGCUGAGGACUAGCUACCUUGUUCUCUAAGCCCUUGUCUAUCGUGCCUUCAGGGAAUCCAUCCUGCAGGGAUUCUUCUGGGCUGCGUGCUUCUCCAUGACUCCCUGAUCAGCUCCUGUCCACUGUCUUGAUCACAAUUCUGUAUACGCGGUGCUCUCUGUUCAACCUUUCAAUGGUGCUUUUAUAAGAUGCUGGAUAAAUGGUUUCAAUGUGCUUUCUGAAAGCUGAUGUGUAAAGCUGUGACACGGAGUGCUCUCUCUAGUAUUGUCUACUUCCCAGAACUUAGCAUUAACUGUGUUACUCUGACUACAAAAGGCUGACAGUGUUGCCCUGUCUCUUGUUCAUCCCACACACAACCAGAAUGGAGUCAUCGUGUGAACAAGCCUAGGCUGGGCCACAGGUGUUUAAAGCAGCGAUUCAGGCCAAGUGCCUUGGCUUGAAAGCAGCUAGGCAUGAGUCUUAUCUGUAUAGUGUGGGAUUGGAAACAUCACAGAGCCCAGCUCAAGGACUUUUUUCUGUCUCCUAUUGUGCGCAUACAUUUGUUCGCAAUAUGACUGUAAGAAAUCUGUUUCUGCAACAAACAUUUUAAUUUGGGCCACACUCCAGUGAGGGACUUUUUUGCUGUUAGGCAAAUUACCAGUUAUUUCAGAUGAGUGUUAUUUAUUUAGGUUGGAACAUGCUUGAAUAAGGCUGUUAUGUGCCCCACAAGUGACUUGGUGUGUGUAGUCUACUGCAAAACAGGAGAACGCAGAAAGAUCCUCAGCCUGUCAGAUGCUCCUGUGGUGGUGUGCUGAAGGCUUUCAAGGGCAGGGCUCUUUCUGGGAGCAGGGAGCAUAAUUGCUAUUAAUAUGAUUUCAUACCCUGGUGCUGAAGUUGAUUUGUAGCAUCUCUUUUGGGAUGAUCAUGGCGGAAUACAUUGCCAGAGAAGAUCUCAGUCUCAAAAAAAAAAAAAAACCACCCCAAAAUUAUUUUUUAUAUUCCUUGCUAGCUAGCAACAUGUGGUAAGGAUUAUGCUAAAGAUAAAUGCUAUGGAUGGAACGUCACAGAGAUAAAAACACAGGGUUCCCUUUCUUCAAGGAGAGAGAACCCCUUUGGUUGGGUCAGUAUGAAAGAUCCCAGGCUUACAAAAAGUGUUAAACAAAUGAAUUGCCUAUGUGGUAAUUUUCCAGGAGUGGAUUAGGGUAUCACAUAUACUAGACACUGUUCUUUUCCUGUGGACAACAGAAAGAUGAAAGCUUAUUUGUAAUACAAGGUUCCCAUUGAUUAAUUGAUAAAACUUACUUUACAUGUAAGCCAAAGGUCAGCAAGAGCGUCUACAGAAUGUAGAUGUAUUUAAGCUAACGCUAAAUGCUCCAGCUCAGGUGUUGUAAGCAGAAUCACUAGAACAAUUUAAUGCUCUGCUUGGUCUGACCUGCUCACAUAGCUAACUCCGGCACUCCAAUUUCCAUAGCAAAUGCAUGGGUUAUCUUUGUAUUACAUACCCACUGGCCUGUGCCCAGUCUACAGAUAACAUAAAACUUACGGUUCCGUUUUUUCAAGCUGUGAGGUUUUGUUUCUGGAGGUCUUCAGUUUGAAACUGGCAAGAAGGUCAGUCACUACAAACAUGAUAGGAAAGUGCCUAAAAACAAAGAUGUUUCGGUAAGGGUAAAGAUGCUUACUGUUAACUGCACAGCAACUUGUUUACUGUAUGUGGUACUCUCUUGCCAUACACAUUCCUAAAUACUGCCUUUCAUUUGUGAUGAUCAUUUAUUGUUAUUAUAGCACAGCCUGACAAGGUUUCCGUCUCUGCAAAUUCAUUGUCUAAUUUUAACUAGCAUAUGUUUGUUGCAGAAAAUAUAAAAUGAUAUUCUUUGUUCAGUUUAGAGGGCAGCUAUGUUAUUUCUUAUAGUUUAUGAUAAUGCAACAAUCUGCUUAGAUGAUUUACAAAGUAUGUAAGUAUCACUUGACUUCAAAAUGCUUCAUUUGAGAUUUCAGAAUGCCUCCUGUUCACUACAAGACAAUGUUACCAGCUCUUGUCAUUUUAAUCUUGUAAUAUUGGGGAGGGGGUUUUAAACCUUACAAAUCUUAUUACUUAAAAAAAAAAAAAAAAAAGACAACAA